GUCAUCGUUUGUUGUGAGCAGCGAAACAGGCGAAAAGAUUUGUUCAAUAGUGCAGAGUGCGGUGUGUUUUACAUCGUGAAAAUCAACCGCAAUGGCUGUAAAUUUCCCUCCCGUACCGCCGCUAAUGCGACCGAUACAGCACUAUCUGAAGACGGCCCAGGAGCAUGAUAAUCGCGACCCGAUAGUCGCCUACUGGUGUCGCCUCUACGGGCUUCAGUUGGGACUGAAGAUCGCCAACCAGGGCACAGAAGAACGAACACUACUGCUGGCCAUUAUGGAUUGGCUUGAGAAGACCAAGCACCAGAUGACCGACAACGAAUCCAUCACGAACGAUGUGGCCGCACAGGCGUACCUGGAAAACUACGCACUAAAGCUGUUCUUGUACGCGGACAAGCAGGAUCGGGCGAGCAAUUUCGGUAAAAACGUCGUCAAAGCAUUCUACACCGCGGGUAUGAUCUACGACGUGUGUCAGACCUUCGGCGACCUCACGGAGGAGGUAACACAGAACCGCAAGUACGCCAAAUGGAAGGCAUCUUACAUCCACAACUGUCUCAAGAAUGGUGAAACUCCCGUCCCCGGUCCCAUGGCUACCGACGAGGAUAAAGAGUUCGACCAGGAAUUCACUCCGGCAGUACCGGACGCAGAACCACAGCCCGGACCAAGCAAUACUCCUCAUGGAAAUCCACCUGCGGUAGGAUUUCAACCGCCAGCGGUCGACUUUAAACCGCCUCCGGCAGGACCCACAAACUUCACCACCACUGACCCAUUCAGUCACGUGAAGGCUCCGUCGCCACCAAGUGAACCGGAAAAAUCACCUGGAGGCUUUAAACCGUACAUGGGCGACCCCAGCGCGACCGGGGGUGGAGGACCCGAGCGACUCGUCAAUGCGGCCGGCAUACAACUGCGACCGGAUCAGAUCACAAAGGCCCAGAAAUACUGUCGAUGGGCGGAAAGUGCUCUUAACUUCGAGGAUUUGAAAACAUCGAUCGAUAAUCUCCAGAAGGCUCUGCGUCUGCUUCAAACCGGCCAAGAUGGGUAGACUUUCGCCGUCUCAUCGGGAAAGCGCAGCAAUGAAUUAUGUGUGUUAAUUUGUCACCCCCUAACCGCUUGUUCUAUAUAAUCAAAAGAUGCAUUACAAAUAAACAGACAUACCUGCUUCUGGGCCUCAUGUAGCGACGCUCUGCGGUAUACUCUA